GUUUCUACCUUCCACCAUCAGGCCAACGACGAUGAGGAGUAUUUGGACGUUCAGGACGACGAUUCGCUCGACUCGGGCGACGCUGGUGCCCCUACGAGCUAGUGGGGUAACCGCCCUCAACCUACGACGCUAUAGUGUAACGUCCAAUGCCGAGACGCCCCGCAAAUCCAAAGUUUGGGACUCUGCAGAGCAGGCAGUUGCUGAUAUCAAGUCUGGGGACGUUCUACUUUGUGGAGGCUUCGGUGCUGCUGGAAUUCCAGAUACCCUCCUCCUGGCGUUGGCUAAGCGAAAGGAUGUGACCAACUUGACUGGCGUCUCCAACAACGCAGGCAACCACAAUUCGGGAUUAGAUAUUCUGCUGAACACCAACCAAUUGUCCAGGAUCAUUGCCUCAUACCCCGGAAGCAACAAGAACUUCGAGAGUAGAUAUCUUACGGGCAAGAUCACCUUGGAGCUGGUUCCCCAAGGAACCCUUGCAGAACGCCUGCGUGCGCAUGCUGCAGGUAUCCCUGCUUUCUUUACCCCAACAGGUGCAAAUACCGCGAUCGAGCAAGGUGCGAUCCCUCAGCGGUACAACGAGGGUGGUGCAGCGAACGGUGUUGCCAUUCCUGGGAUUCCCAAGGAGGGACGCGAGAUCAAUGGACGAAGAUACAUCCUCGAAACCGCCUUGGGCGGAGAUGUCGCAUUCAUUCGCGCUUGGAAAGCGGAUGAGGCAGGCAACGUCGUGUUCCGAUAUGCUUCGCAGAACUUUAGUACGGCCAUGGGAAAGAAUGCCAAGUUAACUAUCGUAGAGGCUGAACAUAUCGUCCCUGUCGGCGAACUCUCGCCAAACGCCAUUCACCUUCCUGGAAUCUACGUCGACCGAGUCGUUCCAGCCACUGUUGAGAAGAAGAUUGAAAUCUACACGCUAGCAAACCAGGGCAGCGACAAUGCUAACCUUCCUCCAGAGAAGGCUGCUGCCCUUGCCCUCCGACAACGAAUCGCGAGGCGAGCCGCAAAGGAAUUCAAGGACGGAUACUACGCCAAUCUCGGUAUUGGUAUUCCAACACUCAUCCCUGAAUUCUUGGACCCAAGCGUCAAGGUCUGGUGGCAGAGUGAGAAUGGUAUUCUUGGAAUGGGACCUUACCCCACCGAGAAGCAAGUCGAUGCCGAUCUGAUCAAUGCUGGCAAAGAGACCGUCACUCUGGUUCCUGGAGCCUCAAUAUUUGAUUCUAGUGAAUCAUUCGCCAUGAUUCGUGGUGGUCAUGUCGAUAUCGCCGUGCUAGGGGCCAUGGAAGUUUCCCAAGCAGGAGACAUCGCCAACUUCAUGAUUCCAGGGAAGCUUCUGAAAGGUAUCGGCGGUGCAAUGGACCUCGUUUCCAACCCAGACAAGACUAAAGUCAUUGCCGUGCUGGAGCACUGCUCGAAGAAGGGCCAAUCCAAGAUCCUCAAACAAUGCUCACUGCCGUUGACUGGUGCUAGGGCUGUCAGCACGAUCAUCACAGAAUUGGCCGCAUUCGACGUCGACCGGUCUGCUGGAGAGCUGGAGCUGAUUGACCUUGCGGAGGGUGUAACGGUUGAUGAAGUGAGGGCGAAGACGGAUGCUGAUUUCAAGGUUCGAAGCCAUUUGGGUACUUUCUCAUGA